UAAAACGAAUAAUCUAUAUAUAUCUACAGAAUGUACCACAAUUGAUUCAUCUAUUACUUGUGCUCGCGUCAUCGCGAAAUGUCGUUCACUCGACAUUUCAAUUUUCAUUUACUUCAGUUCAUUCCACAAUUAAAUUUUAAUUUAUCCCGUUCUAUUUCAAUUUCUACCCAUACUCGAAUGUCUGGGGCGAAUGAUCGAUAAGGAUGACGCACGAUGUUCCGUUUCCAUUCGAAAUGUCAGAAUCCUCCAAACUGUUGACCGGAAAGUUUGCGGGAAUCGCCAGGAUCAGAUCGACAAAUAGACAUAAUAAUAAUAAUAGUUAUCUGAACGCGUUCUAAAAAUGCCUAUCCAAGCAAGGUGAGGGCACAUUCGUGACACCGAGUGUGCUGCGUGCGUAGACACCGAGCGGGCGUUUUCGCCCGACCGACCGAGCGGGCGAACGGCUCCGGGAAGGAAGAGGGACGACGACCAGCCCCGUCGACAAUUCACUCACGGCACUUGAUCGCCCGGGAGAGUGGGGAUUCCGCUAUAAGAAGAUAAAUGACAGUACCACGAGCCAGUUUACGGUUGGACCACCGUGUACGCACGAGAGCCACACAGUAGGGAUACCACGAGGAUCUCCAUCCGCGUCCAUCGAGCUGCGCUACGUGCUGCGAAUUUUACUUCUACAAGCAAGACGAGAGACACCAGUGAGGAUAACAUGUCGAUCAACUUCAGGAGCGUCUUCAUAAGCGAUCCCGUGGACGAGUCCUGCGGAGCGCUGCUCACCGAAUACGGCAUUCCGGUCACCACGAAAUACAAGCUGCCGAAGGAUGAGCUGAUCAAGGAGCUGCAGAAUCACGAUGCCCUCAUCGUCCGAUCCGAGACAAAAGUUACGGCAGACGUUUUUACCGCUUGUCCAAAUCUCCGCGUGGUCGGACGUGCUGGCACUGGGGUCGACAACAUAGAUCUUCAAGCUGCCACACGUAAAGGAGUAAUUGUAUUAAACACCCCGGGUGGCAACAGCAUUAGCGCUUGCGAGCUAACAUGUGCCCUGAUAGCCACGCUCGCGCGCAACGUGGCACAGGCCGCGCAAUCGCUCAAGGAGGGCCGAUGGGACCGGAAGUUGUAUUCCGGAUACGAGCUGUCCGGCAAGACUCUCGCGAUCCUCGGGAUGGGCCGUAUAGGCCGCGAGGUGGCCUACAGAAUGCAGAGCUUCGGUAUGAACAUCGUUGCCUUCGAUCCGAUACUGAAGGACGAGACCGCCGCCGAGCUCGGCAUCAGGAAGCUCAGUUUGGCGGAGAUAUGGCCUAUCGCCGACUAUAUCACCGUUCACACGCCGCUCAUACCUCAAACCAGAAAUAUGAUAAACGCAACGACCUUGGCGAAAUGCAAGAAAGGAGUAUACAUCGUUAACGUCGCACGUGGUGGUAUUGUUGAUGAAGAGGCUCUCUUGAAUUCAUUGAAAUCCGGCCAUUGUGGCGGAGCAGCUUUAGACGUCUUCAUAGAGGAACCGCCGAAGAAUCCAAUCACUUUAGAGCUCAUUAAACACCCAAAAGUCGUCCCGACGCCUCAUCUCGGUGCCAGCACGGCGGAAGCCCAGCAGCGAGUAGCGGUAGAAAUUGCCCAGCAAUUCUUGGCUUUGUCCGGCAAAUCGACGGAAUACGCCGUGACCGGUAUCGUAAACGCCCCGGUCUUAUCUGCCGCUAUAACAAGCGAGAACGAGCCUUGGAUAGAAUUGUCGAAGAAAUUGGGUCGAUUAGCCGGUCGCUUCCUCAAGGGCAAGCUAAACACAGUCGUGCACAGCUACACCGUGGGACACGGCAUGAAAGACAAACAGUUCAUACACACGGCCGUUCUAGUCGGCAUAUUAACUGGUCAGACGAAGAAUGGCUUGAAUCUAGUUAACGCGCCUACCCUGGCGCAGGAUAUCGGCGUGGAGUUACAGGAAGGCCACAUCGAGGAUGAUAACAGAGCAGUCAUCGUGAAAGUUGGAGAACAUACCAUCAAAGGUACCGUGCGUGACAAUCAGUCGCUGUUGCUCGCUUUGGACGACGCUGUCUUUGCAAACGGCAUCGUGCUUAGGGACUACAUUUGCUUGUAUCGCGCAAACCGAGUGCAAGAUUUCGCCAGCAUCGUAAACGUUUUUUCGUCAAAGAGCAUCAACAUCCAUAAUUUGAAUGCCAACGGCAGCUGGGUCAUCCUUCAAACCGAUCAGGAAGUCUCGAUUCAAGUGGACGAGAUUGAGAGUUUUUGAACGUGUGCAUUCGCAUGCUUCCAAGAGGGAAAAAGAGAGAACACAGAGAGAGAAAGAAAAGUGUACCGACAGUAAACGAUCCUUGAAGAGAUGAGAAUGCAAAGGCCCGAAUUUUGAAGAAUCCAGUAUUGUCCGAUUGUUAGGAAUAUGUGGAGACCUCUUGUGCUACUCUAGCAUUUUUUUAAUUAUAUAAAUCCCAUUUAUAAUAUCAUUAUUUAUUAUCUGAUUGUUAAAGUAGCAGAUUAAGAAAAACGAGAUAAAUCUAUACUACUACACAAGUAUUUUUUUAGGAUGGAAAUUAUAAAAGUAUAGUGAAAUAUUUUUGUUACACGUAGAUGUAUUAAUCGUUAGUAUGUAUAGUCGCACUUUUUACACAUGUAACGCACGUAGAAAUGUAAAAAAGGUAUACAAAAUGUGUCUAUAUAGGUAUUUAUAUUUUUGUAUUAUUGAGAGACUUUGUUAAUAAAACAUCACAUUAUCAAAUCA